AUGUUUCAUAAUCGACGUAUACGGUCUCGUUUAAUUGUUCUUCCAUUUAGUGUAGAAAUAUUUGUACUUGGUAGUAUAACUACUACUUGUACAACAAAUAAAAAUUGUUUAUUAACCGCUGAUCAUGCUCAUACAAGAUUGUGCCGUACAACAUUAGUUAGAGAAGAUAAUAAAAUAAUUGAUUUAAAUUGUUUAAGUGAAUCUGAAUUAUAUGAAGCUAAUUGGAAAAAAUUGCACAAUUUAGAUCAUAUUGCUAAAGUUAAAUCGGGUGAAGUGUGUUGUCGAAUGACACCAGAAUUUGAUCAAGAAUAUGUAUCAAUUAAUAAUGAUCAACAUCGAUAUUCACUUUUGUGUGUCAUAAAUCCAAAUAAAUUUCGUACAUGUGAAUAUUUAAUAAGUAAUCAUGAACAAUGUGAUGAUAAAAUAAUCGUUUUUUUCUGA